AUUAAGAAGAAAGUAUAUAACCAAUUUGUUUAUUUAGGUCAUCAAAAUGACACCCAAAACAACAAAAAAGGCCAAGACAACACCUACUACAAAACCUAAAAGAUUUAUGUAUUCUCCAUCAAAAGUGCAACAAGCAUUAAAGGCUGUACAUGAUGGAAUGAGUGAGAACAAAGCAAGUCAAACGUUUAAUGUUCCUAGAACCACAUUAAGAAAUAAGCUGUCUGGAAAAUCACCUGAAGUAUCAACUGGUCAUAGUGGAACUACAUCGGUAUUAGGUCGUGAAAAUCUGUUAUGCUCUGUUAAAAAGUUUGUUGAUGAAUCUAAACACACCAUUUUCAAAUAAUCGUCCAGGGAAAAAAUGGUUUUACAGCUUUUUAUCUAGACAUAAAAUUCUAUCACAGAAACAUUCUGAAUAUGUAAACCGUGCCAGAGGAUCAGUAACUGAAAUUAAAAUUAAGAACUGGUUCAAAGAAGUUCAUGAGAUAUUGGGUGAAAAUGCUUCUAUACUGGAAGAUCCUAGCAGGGUCUUUAACAUGGAUGAGACCUGUUUUAACUUAGCUCCUAAGGGUGAAUUAAUUAUUGGAGAGAGAGGUAGAAAUGUAUAUGAUGAACAUACAAACUCAAAUAAAGAAAACGUCACUACACUUUUCGGUACAAAUGCCUUAGGAAAAUGGGCACCUCCUCUCACAAUAUUUAAGUAUGAAAGGAUUCCAGCAGCUCUAGUUAAAUCUGCACCAUCUGGUUGGGGAAUCGGAAAAUCUGAGACAGGGUGGAUGACCUCAGAAACAUUUUUUGAGUAUAUGGCAAAUAUGUUUUUACCAUUUUUAAAUGAAGAAAAUAUUAUUCGGCCAGUUAUUGUUUUUUUGGAUGGUCACAAGUCACACCUUAGUUUACACUUGAGUAAAUUUUGUCGUGAAAAUGGUAUGAUAUUAGUUGCAUUAUAUCCUAACUCAACACACAUAUUGCAACCACUUGAUGUUGCUGUAUUUGGACCAUUAAAAUCAAGAUGGAAGAAGAUAGUUAAACAGUGGCGUAUUGAAAAAGAAAAGGAAAUAUCUAAAAUUGAUGUACCAACAGCUCUGUCCCAAAUCAUUUAUGACAAAGAAAUGACUAGUAAUAUUAAGUCUGGAUUUCGUACAACUGGGAUAUAUCCUUACAAUUCAGAUAAUGUGGAUUAUUUCAAAAUUAUCUUAAGAGCUGUAUCAGAUCAUGAUACUUUAAUUGAUCUCAAUAAUAUUAAGUGUCACCUAAGUUAUGUAGAAACGAAAAUUAAAAAAAUUGAUAUUAAUCUAUUAGACGAAUUUAAAAGAACAAGAAGAGGACAAUAUGAGUGGGACGGAAAUACAAAUUCAACAAUGUUGUUUACAUUGUGGUCAGAAAUAAUGGAUGAUGUGAACAACCCUGAGAUUGAGAUUACUACAGAUAUAACAACGCCAUCAUCAAAUCAAAAUUUAAAUCAAGAAAUGUGGCUGAAUAAACCAUCAUGUAGCCAUGCAGAAGAGAACCUAACAGGAGAAACAGAAACCCCAAUCAUCCCUAGUGAGCAUACAACUCCAGAGUCAACAAUUGUAGUUCCCGCAAAACGGUCUUUAAAUAGUAUAUUUAAUGAUAUUAUAAAGUGGCCAGUACAACCAAUAUCUAAAACAAGUAGAAAAAAAGAGUAUACGCCUAGUGUAAUAACAUCGGACAAAUGGGUUGAAUUCCACGAAACUAAAUUAAAUGAAAAACAGGAAAAAGAGAGAAAAAAAGAAGAAAAAAAACUAGUGGCAUUUGAAAAAAAAAAAGAAUUAGAAAAAAAGAAAAUAGAAAAGGCACAAAUUAAAGCUAGCAAAAAUAUAAAACAGAAAAUUGUUAGUGAUACUGAAAGCUCUGAAUCGGAAAAAAGUUGGAAUUCAAAAAUGGAUGUUAGUUUUGAUGAAGAAUCUUUAGCUCAACCUUUAAGUUCAAAUCAGAUUAUACCAAUUUCAAAUGAACAACCAAAUUUAAAUACUGGUGAUUAUAUUUUAAUAGAAUUUGAAUCAGUUGGAAAAAGGAAGCUUAAAUAUAAAUAUGUUGCCACUAUAGUAAAUGUAAUUAGUCAAAAUGAAUUUGAAGUGCAAUGUUUUGAAGCAAACGAUGAGGAAAACACUGAAUUUGUACCUAUUGAAAAUGAUGUAUCAAUAGUUGACUUAACCAACAUAUUGUACAAACUACCAUCUCCGGAUCUUCGUUUGCAAAAUAGACACCUUAUUUCAGUGUUUCCAGGUGUAGUUGAUGUGUUUGAAAAAUGUAAAUAUUAAGACUGAGUAUGUAUUCCUACAUGGCUACAUUCAACCUAUAACCAAAUAUCAACAAAUGUGAUUUACUUAUUACCUAUUUUAUUAUUACAAGGAAGUUAUCUAUAUUAAUUUUUAUUACAAUGUUACAUUAAGUUUUUGU